CAUCCUUCACAAGAUGGAGAAAUCAUCAGUCAGAUUAAAAUGACCAAUCUAGUCUUGGCUGAGAUUAAAGAGCUGCUGAAGCAACAGGUUAGAGAGCUCGUGUUCCUGAAGAACACAGUGAUGGAGUGUGAAGCCUGUGGAAUGGGAGGGAUUCAGCCCGUUUCCUCCUGUGUGCCCAACCCCUGCCACCCCGGGGUGAAGUGUGUGGAGAAACCCGAUGGUGCAGAGUGCGGGCCCUGUCCUGAUGGCAUGCAGGGCAACGGGACUCACUGUACAGACGUGGAUGAGUGCAAGGUGAUGCCCUGUCAUAUGGGCGUUCGGUGCAUCAACACCUCCCCUGGUUUCCGCUGCGGCUCCUGUCCUGCAGGCUACACCGGACCUCAGGUUCAGGGUGUCGGGCUUGCUUACGCAUCUGCCAACAAACAGGUGUGCAAAGACAUUAAUGAGUGUGAAGGUCCCAACAAUGGAGGCUGUGUGGAGAACUCUGUGUGCAUGAACACACCUGGCUCGUUCCGGUGUGGUCCCUGUAAAACAGGUUAUGUUGGGGAUCAAACGAGUGGCUGUAGACCUGAGAGGGCUUGUGGGAAUGGUCAACCCAAUCCAUGCCACGCCAGUGCAGAAUGCAUCGUUCAUCGUGACGGCACAAUCGAGUGUCAGUGUGGAGUGGGAUGGGCUGGUAACGGCUACCUCUGUGGUUCUGACGUAGACAUUGACAGUUUCCCCGACGAGAAGCUGAACUGUUCUGACAGAAACUGCAACAAGGAUAACUGUCUCACUGUACCCAACUCUGGUCAAGAGGAUACUGAUGGUGACGGAAUUGGGGACGCCUGUGAUGAUGACGCAGACGGCGAUGGGAUCCCUGACAUACAGGAUAACUGUAAGCUGGUGCCCAAUGUGGACCAGAGAAACACUGAUGAGGAUGAUUUCGGGGACGCCUGUGAUAACUGCCCUGUGGUCGAAAACAGCGACCAAAAAGACACAGACAUGGACAAAUACGGUGAUAAGUGUGAUGACGAUAUAGAUGGAGAUGGAAUUCCCAACCACCUGGACAACUGCAAGAAGGUUCCCAACGUUGACCAGAAAGAUCGAGACGGAGACAAAGUGGGAGACGCCUGUGACAGCUGUCCUUAUGUCUCCAACCCUGACCAGAUGGAUGCAGACAAUGACCUGAUUGGAGACCCAUGUGACACCAACAAGGACAGUGAUGGCGACGGCCACCAAGACUCCCGGGACAAUUGCCCAGCCGUCAUCAACAGCUCUCAACUGGACACCGACAAGGAUGGAAAGGGAGACGAGUGUGAUGAUGACGACGAUGACGAUGGUAUCCCCGAUCUGCUUCCUCCUGGUCCUGACAACUGCCGUCUGAUCCCCAACCCACUGCAGGAGGACUUGGAUGGUGAUGGUGUUGGUGACGUGUGUCAGAAGGAUUUUGACAACGACACAAUAAUUGAUCCCAUUGACGCUUGUCCGGAAAACGCUGAGGUUACUCUCACUGACUUCAGGGAGUACCAGACGGUUGUUUUAGACCCUGAAGGAGAAAUACAGACAGACCCCAACUGGGUGGUGCUGAACCAGGGCAGAGAAAUUGUCCAGACUAUGAACAGUGAUCCUGGUUUGGCUGUUGGUUAUACUGCGUUCAGCGGCGUGGACUUUGAGGGGACAUUUCAUGUAAAUACGAAAACGGACGACGACUAUGUUGGUUUCAUAUUCGGGUACCAGGACAGCUCCAGUUUUUACGUGGUGAUGUGGAAGCAGGUGGAGCAGAUCUACUGGCAGGCCAUCCCCUUCAGAGCUGUGGCUCAACAAGGAAUCCAACUAAAGGCGGUGAAGUCAAUCACCGGUCCCGGUGAGACUCUGAGGAACGCUCUGUGGCACACUGGGGACACCAGUGAGCAGAUCAAACUUCUGUGGAAGGACCCUCGCAACGUUGGCUGGAAACACAAGACCUCAUAUCGAUGGUUCCUGCAGCACCGACCCGCUGAUGGCUACAUCAGAGUUCGUUUCUUUGAGGGUCGUCAGAUGGUGGCGGACACAGGUGUCGUCAUCGACACCACGAUGAGAGGAGGCCGGCUCGGAGUCUUCUGCUUCUCCCAGGAGAACAUCAUCUGGGCCAACCUGCGUUACCGCUGCAACGACACUCUUCCUGAGGACUUUGACACCUACCAAUCCAAGCAGGUCCAGCUGGUGGCCUGACGACAGCAAACAAACCCAAAGAAAGCAUGAUCCAGCACACAACCAGAGCCCAGACUGAACAUCAUCAAAGCUCCAUCAGACAUGAAGCGCAGGAGCACAGCAGCAAAAACCUUCAACAGGAGACCAACAACACUGUCACAUAUUUUGUUACUUAACUCAAAUUUCUUUCUUUAAAUGCAUCGCUAACAUUACCUUGUACAAAAACUGAACUGUCUGGUAAAGCUGAGUAAAAACAGCUUCAAAUAAAAUCCACAACUGCUCAUGUUCCAAAAUAAAG